GCGACACCUGCAGGGCGUUUGGUGGUGGAGCUUCUGGAGGCUGCAGCACGUGGAGGAGGUGCUUCCUCCGAUUCAUUGUGGUUUGCGCUGCAACUGCUGCUGGCCACCCUUGUGGGCAAUGCCAAUGUUCAAACCGCCUGUGUGGCAAUGCCGGUGUCAAUUCCUAGUGAUGCCGGACCAGCCGAGACUUUCCAGGAGCUGCUGUUUCGAGCAUUCUCUGCCAUGGCAAGGACCGUGGGAGCUCACGCAAAUGAGGCAGAUUCAGAUGGGCGGCCGAAUGAAUUGGCCUGUCUCGUGGGUUUUUUGAAGCUUUUGCUCUAUUGGUUGGCCAACUGUCCACCAGUGCUCUCAAGCUUCGCCACAUCUCCUGUGAUGAUACCUGUGGCCAUGGACCUCACAGCCUUCAGUGGUGCCGGUGCUUUCUAUGGAGUCCAGAUCCAAGGCCUUGCUUGCCUCAUCAUGGGCGCAUGCAUCAUGUCAGAGAGCGAGGCAGUGGAUUCCAUGAGCUUAAUAUCACAGCGCAUCGGAAUUGAGACCUUCCAGCACAAGGUCGAAUGCCUUUGGCGUUCAGAAGCUUUGCAGCGCCCUGCCCGGUCCUUGGGGGAGUUCCGCUGGUUCAACGGUCACUACCGCGGAUUCGUUCGAGAGCAUCAACGCGCUGUUCAACGGCGCAUGGUGCAGCUGUACGUAUCACAAGGUGUAGGUGGCAGUGGACUCAGCGAAGAUGUUGCGGACCACUACAAGCAGCUGAUCAGGGUGCAGGUGCGUUCAGUGAACAUGCAGCCAGGAGAGACGAUUUGCAUGACGUUGGCAGACGCAGAGCAUCGGGUAGCUGGGGAAGAGUUCAUAGCUUUGAAGUCUGUGGGCAUAGCCAAGUCACUACAGCUUGAUGCUGUGUUAGUGAUCAAGGUUUGGGCCAUGCUGGACACCCCGCCGCUGUCAAAACAUGCAGAGAAACGGGCUUUGGGUGAGGUUCGCAUUCCUCUGAAACACCUUGGAGACCACUGCAAUCGCAUGUUGUACCAGACCUGGGUGAACCUGGAGAGUGCCGGUCUGAAUGACUCCGUGGCGCAGCUAGGCUAUGGUGGUGCUUUCUCAAAUGGCUCAGAGGCGCUGAUGCAGAACAUCAUGAGCGGGCCUCGCCAGCUGUACCAGCCGAAGGCCUGUAUCUCCCUGUGCCAAAACACCGAGCUUGCGGAAUCCGAUCGAAUCCAGUGGGGGCCAAACUUGCCGAGGAAAGAUCGGAUCAACCGCUGGGGUCCGCUUCUGCGUUCGCAACAGCAGCAUGCCAUUAUGUGCGCAGCACAACACUUGGAGGCUAACCCCCCCGGUGGCAGUGACCUUCUCCAGCGGCUUCUGCACUUAAGAGCGCAGGCGGAGGAGCAAUCGCUGGAGAUCGAUGCACUGCAGGAGCAACUUCAGUCAUGCUCGCGCACCACCACUGCACCCACCUCUGCUGAAGCAUUGGAGGGUGGACGGUGGACUGCAUUGGGAGGAGAUGGUUGGAGAGAAAAGCCGUCCAUGACCCUCCUGGAGGAGCGAACGAACCGCCAGCUGCAAGAAGUUCGAGGCUUGGCCAUCCAGAGUGAGGCAUCACUUUCCAGGCGUGGGAAGGAGGCCGAGGCGCAGAAGGAAUUGGAGGAGCAGAGGAGUCUGUCUGUAGAGCUUCAGAGCGAGCUGCGAGCCCUUGAGCUGGAGCUGAGUAAGAUUGGAGAGGAGGCCAACAACAAGAUUGAGGCUGCCAAUGUUCGGAUUCGAGCAUUGCGGCGUGAACGAGAAGAGGCUCAGCGGCAGUUGGAAGAGCGCCGUGAAGGAAACAUGAAGUUGCAGUCGAUGCUUGAGGAGAUAGAAGAGGAGAAGUCUCAGCUCAUGCAGCAGAAGGAGGCGUUGAUUCGAAUCGUGGAAGACUUGCACAGCUCCUGCACCCAAGCAGGGCUGCCGGCCACCGACCGUGCAUCGAUCGAUAGCAUUACUGGCUUCAAGAUGCCUAGCUGA